AUGAAAUCCGCCAUCCUGUACCCGUACGGACCGCUGCGGGGGGCAAACGGGUGCUGCCGGAUGCUGCACGCCAAGCAUUUGGCCCUCACCAGCGCCAUCUACACACUGAACAUUUCCAUCCUGGUGGUGCUGCUGUACUCGUGGCGCAUCAGCGUGAACGUGAAAAAGUACGGCGACCUGGAGGACGUCUACUACGGGGUCCAGAUAGCGUACUUUGCCAUCAUCGGCACGCAGUGCUCGAUGAUUCUGCUCAGCGUGGUGCUCAUUUUCGGCAUCUACCGGGAAAACAUCGGCCUGGUGGUACCGUGGAUCAUCGGGUUCAUCACCUUCAUGGCGCUGGAAGCGGUUGCCAUGGUGUACUCGAAUGUGCUGCGGGACCACGUCAACCGCCAGUUCGAUUCGCUCUGCAAAGCGGAAGUGGCAUUCUUCGUGGCCCGUGCCGUCAUCAACAUACUGGCCAUGUGGGCCGUCACCCGGUUCUACAACCUGCUGCGGGCCGGUGUCACCUGGAAAGGACCGGAGCUGAUCGAACUAUGACACAACUCGAACGAGACGGAGAAGACGCUCGCGUCGUUCCGCGACGAGACGCACCUGAUCGUGCGUAUUCCGGGCCCGGACCCGGACGACGCGGACCCGCGGUGCGAUGGCCGAGGCAGAGGCGACGACACGGAUGACAAUAUGCUCGGCAGUGCCGCCCAUCCUCGCUGGACGGCGGACGAGGAUGACGACGACGACGGCGAUGACGGGGGGCGCAGUGCGGCGGGCAGCGGAAGCGAUGAGGACGACUCGCUCCUGGUGGCGUACGACAGCAAUUCGGUGGCGUCCGUUUGACAAUAUCACAAGCUCCUGCGGUACGCCACGGUCGAGUUUCUGCGGCAGGCGGACAGUGCCGUGUUGUUGUUUCUGAUUAUAUUUUGUAUCGAGGUUUACGCGCAGAUUUAUAUAUUUUUCUAAGGCUGCAGAACUCGAACGCGUCGGAACCGUCGGGCACAGGAGACGCUGGUACCCGAGAUUAGCAAAAUUUAGCAAAAACCAAAGAGACAGAGUGGGAAGCAGAAGGUGUUACGCAAAUGGGGCGACAGAGAUAGAGAGAUAGACCUAUAGGAUCGAAAGUGGGGAAAGAAACUAACAAAUAAAACUAUUGUAACUAUCGGUCCCCGGCAAAGUGGCAAUACCACGGGCAGCUUGUACAUAGGUGAUGGACGGCAAAAAAACGCUAAAAGAUACAAACUAUUAUACAUACAUAGAUAUACAUAUAUUGAGCUAUCGUGUAGCGUAUGUUUAAACGUGCAAAAGUUGUUAAAUCACGAAGGCGAACGAGGACGAGGCAAAAUAAAGCAGAAUCAA